CAGCAGCGAGUGGCGCAUCAAGGCAAUCAUAAUGAAUUCAUUUGACUUUGACUUUUAAAUCUCUUGUCUAAUAAUACUGGCAUCAAUUUUUCAUCAUUUACCUCAACUUUCUCAUCAUGAGUUCCUCGCUAUACAAAAUAUGCUUUAUCAGACGCCGACCUGACCUCACAGAGGAGCAGUUUUAUGACUACUGGAGGAAUGUUCACGCCCCCAAGAUUGCGUAUUGGUCCAAGAAGCAUGGCUUAAUCGGAUACACACAGAUCCACACAUCUAGCGCUCUACGCCAGCCAUUAACAGCAACGCCGCUUCCCCUGGCUGUUAUGGACUUUGACGGCGCUGUUAUAUGGGAAAUCACAAGCUUGGAGCACUUUUUAAACGCUUUUAACGACCCAUACUACUUGAACGUUAUUGCCCCAGAUGAAGAUAACUUUCUCGAUAAGAGCAAAGAAGUAGCAACAGUUACUCUUGGCCAUUUUCAUAGCAUUGUCGCUGGUGGCGAACCUCUUAUUGAGUAUAGCAAGGCAGCUGAGCUAUCGGAAACAAAAUAAGUGGUUCGUUUGUUAGAAUUAGUACAUGAGAAGUGAAGUGAACCGAU